AUGGCGUCUAUGCCAUCAGAGGGCAUCACGGUGCCGCUGCUGCGGCGUGUCAGCCUGCCUGAUGGAGGCGCAGCAGGCACCCCCAACAGCGGCAGCGGCAGCUGCGCCGCCGCCGGCGCCGGCGCCAACGGCACGCCCCACGGCUGGCCGCGCACCUGGGCGGCGUCCUCAGACUGGUCCGCCCGCGUCGGCACGACCUCCCUCACUGACAGCGCACGCCGCACAGCGUAUGCGGCCGGCCCCGUUUUUGACGCCCAUGAGGGCGCCGCUGCUUCCUGCUCGCCGCUCGCCGCAGCCCUGUCCGCGCGCCUCCGCGCCUCAAGCGGCGCCGCGGCCGCGGCCGCGUCCGGCGGAGCAAGCGGGGCGGGCGGCGUGGUCAGCCCGUUGGGCGCGGCGGCGCGGCACCGAUUGCGGCUCGCGUCGUCCGCGGCGACCGGCGAACUCGAUGAAACGCUGAUGUAUGAUUUCGACGAGUCACUGGAGGCAGCAGAUCACGAAGAGGAGCGGCGCCUGCGAAGCUCAGAAGCCAGCGGCGGCGCCAGGCAGCAGCAGCAGCAGCAGCAGCAGCAGCAGCAGCAGCAGCAGCAGCACCCCCACCACCAGCCUCGCUGGAGCGGCGAGUCUGGCAGCAGCAGCACGUUCAGGUUCAACUCGCGGCGGUCUGGGGACCUGGAUUGGGACUCUGACCCCUUUGCAGCCGUCAGGGGACAGGCGUUCUCCCCUCCAAUAAAGGCGGGGCACUCCUACCUGGUCGCGCGGCGGGAGCUGUCAGGCCCGGGGUCGGCGCUGCUGCCGCCAGCGCCCGCGGCGGCGGGGCCGGGGCCCGCGGCCGCGCCGGAGGGCGGGUUCCGGGAGCCAUUUGUGGUGCACGUUGAGCAGGAGGCGCCCACUUCCAGCACGCUCCAGACGGCUUUCAACGCCUUCAACACGCUCUGCGGCGUGGGCCUGCUCACGACGCCGUUCGCGGUGGGCAUGAGCGGCUGGUUCGCCCUGGCCACCCUCUGCAUCGUCGGCACAAUUGCGUGCACCACCGGCAGCAUGCUGGCGCGCUGCAUGGCCCGUGACAAGACCAUCCGCAGCUACCCUGACAUUGGCGGCGCCGCAUUCGGCACGCCCGGCAGGGUGCUGGUGUCGUGCCUGCUGUACCUGGAGCUGUUCUGCGUAUGCGUCGACUUUGUCAUACUGGAAGGCGACGGCCUCAGCGCGCUGUUCCCGACUGCGGCCCUCAAUGCAGGGGGCAUACUGUUCGAUGCGAAGCAAACGAUGAUGAUCGCCGCGAGCGUGGUGCUGCUGCCCACGGUGCUGCUGCGGGACCUGAGUGUGCUGUCAUACCUCUCGGUCUUCGGCGUCUUCGCGUCGUUGCUGCUGGUGGGCCUAGUUGGGGCGAUCACACCCGUCACCGGGUUCCCCAACACCGCCAACAUCCCCGCCGUCGUGUGGGGCGGCGUGCCGACGUCGGCGGCGCUCUUUGCCUUUUGCUUCUCGGGCCACGCCGUGUUCCCCAGCCUCUACUCCAGCCUGCGCUGCAAAAGAAACUUCCCAUACGUCCUCUUCAGCUCGUUCGCGGGCGUCGUCGUGCUGUUUGGCGGCAUGGCUGUCAUGGGGGCCUGCAUGUUUGAGGGGAUCAGCGAUAACGUGGUGCUGGACAUGCAGCGCGCGGCGCCGCACGCGGCGCCGACGCGCGUCGCCAUGUGGACUGUCAUCAUCAACCCCCUCACAAAGGUGGCGCUCACCCUAACGCCGGUGGCCAUGGCGCUCGAGGAGUUGAUGCCCUGGCGCGCCAACACGCGCGCCUUUGCCCUGGCCUCCGCCGGCCUGCGCACUGCGCUGUUGGCGGCCGUGCUGCUUGUCGCCCUCAGCUGCCCCUUCUUCGGGCUGGUGAUGAGCCUAAUCGGCGGCGUCUUCUCGAUGUCCAUCAGCAUCGUGCUGCCCUGCGUCUUCUUCCACCGCCUGUGCCGGCCGGGCGCCGCGGGGACGGCGGCAUGCGUGGUCAUCGCGGCGUUCGGCGUCGCGGCGGGCGUCUGGUCGACGGCGGAUGCGGUGCGCAGCCUGCUGUCAAAGUACUGA